AGUGAUGAGCGAAUGAGCCCGUCCGUCUUUAAUCAGCCGACCGGCGCUAGUCCGGAUUCUCGUCUUUCCACCUCAAACCACAAGAACAACUUCAGUCCUUCGCCCAACCCACACCACCCCUCCACUCACUUCCCCAGUCGAGUCUCCCGCGGUCCCAGACUCACCCGACCCCGGUAUAUCACUUCCAAUACCCAUUGA